UUCAAACACUCAUAAACAAAUAUUUCCACAUCCUAUGCCCAGAUGUAUUUUUCCGAGUAACCAAAACCAGUUACUCCAUACACUCACCCACACUCACCAAGACCCCUUGGAUUUUUCCGGUGAUGGAACCUGAUUUAUACUCUGUGAUUAUAAGCAGCCUAGAAAAUCACCUUUCACUCCAGGCAGCCCAGCCUGUACUUGAGCAAGUUCCUCUCAAGGUUCCAUUCAUCAUUGGUGUUGCUGGCGGAACAGCAUCUGGAAAAACGGAGGUUUGCAGCACCAUAAUCUCAGAGUUUCACAACCAGCGCGUUGUUCUGAUCAAUCAGGAAUCAUUUUAUCGUCCAUUGAACGAUGAGCAAUUGCAGAGAGUGCAUGAUUACAACUUCGACCAUCCGGAUGCCUUUGAUAUGGAGCUUCUUCUUUCAAGCUUAGAGAUGUUAAGAUGUGGACAAGCAAUUAGCAUUGCUAAUUACGAUUUGAAGAGCCACAAUUGCAUCCAGCCAUCGCGCAUGGUGCAACCAUCUGAUGUGAUCAUACUAGAAGGAAUUCUACUUUUUCAUGACCCUCGUAUACGCAAUCUACUAAACAUGAAGUUAUUUGUUGAUACAGAUUCCGAUGUGCGUCUUAUAAGAAGGAUUCAACGUGAUACUAUAGAAUGGGGAAGAAAUGUUCGGAGCGUGCUUGACCAAUAUGACAAAUUUGUGAAACCUGGUUUUGAGGAGUUUAUUCUUCCAACCAAGAAAUAUGCCGAUAUUAUAAUCCCCCGGGGAGCAGAGAACAAUGUUGCAAUAGACUUGAUAUUACAGCACAUCCGCACAAAGCUCGGUCAAAAUGAACUUUGCAAGAUCUAUCCAAACGUGUUCAUUAUAAACUCAACAUAUCAGAUUCGAGGGAUGCACACGCUUAUACGUGAUGCCAAUACAGCAAAACAUAAUUUUGUGUUUUAUGCAGACCGCCUUAUUCGGAUGGUCGUGGAACAUGGUCUAGGACACCUUCCAUUUACAGAAAAACAGGUCACUACUCCUACAGGUAAUAUCAGUGCUAUGAUUGGUAUCAUGUUGAUAUUAUUUGAUCAUCACAAGUAAGAAUAUAAAAGCUACUAUUGUAUAUAAUUCAAUUCUAAAUGAAGGAAAUUAUAAAGAAACAAUAGUAUUUAUAUUAAAUGAAGUACCUAUACUUACACUAUGUACUUUAUUUUUAAAAAAAGGAAAAAUUAUCUCAAAUAAUCCCACCUUUUAGUGCUCUUUCAAAAAUAAUCAUACUUUUCACUCUCACCAGAAAUAAUACCACCUUCCCGCAUAUGUGCGAGUUUUGGGUCGCCGUUAAAAAACUAACGGUCACUUAACGGAAAUUUUGAAAAAUGCCCGUUUUUCGAAAAUAAAUGAAAGGUGGGAUUAUUUUAGGUAAAGUCUCCCUUUUUCGUUUUUUAAUUUCUUUAAAUGUAUUUUUAUUUUAUUUUUUUGGAAAAAAUACCAAAUAUAAGUGUUUUUAGAGUGAAACUAAUUGUUUUUUUUCAAUAACCAAUAAUAUGGUAAUAAUUAGAAAAUAAAUUUUUGUACACAAUAGAGCUAAUUUAUUAACUUCAUAACUAACUACUCCCUCCGUUUGGAAAAAGUGUUCCUCUUUUGACUUUGUGUAAAAAUAAGAAAGUAUUAAAUUGUAGUUGACUUCCAAUUUUGCCCUUCAUGUGAUAGGUAAAAGUAAGAUGUGAUGGAUAGAUUAUUAGAGAUAAAGUAUGAUGUGAUAGGUAGGGUAUGAAAAAGUAAGGGUAAAAGUGGUUUUUUAAUAGAAAUUGGAAGUGUUUUGUUGGAAGGGAAAAAAUGAAAGAGGAAGUGUUUUUGAUAACGGAGGGAGUACAUUUUUUUGUAAGUUGCAUUUACUGUAUUUUUCUUGAGCUGCACUUCAAAUUAUUUUUUGAUACUACAUUAUUAUUAUUUCUUUAAAAAAUGGCACUACAAAAC